GAUUGUGCCAAAACUGCUAGAAAUAACUACAUACAUAUUUUUCCUUGUAAAAUGGCGGUGUAAUGCGGCAAUAUUUUAAAUCUGUGAAAAAUUGUCUUUUACGCUGAUAUUUCGAUAAUUUGGGGCUUUUAAUGAGUUGCCUGGCAUCGAGAAGUGUUACUAGAAGUGUAAAUUGGUAGAAAUUGUUCAAUUUGACGGAGUUUUCAGUGUUUUUGACGUUGGAGCGUGUGGCGACAGAAGCACGACGCUAUAGUUUUGUUUUUACCAAUAUCUCAAGUUUUACCGGAAAUAACCAUGAUUAAGAAGGACAAACCCCUUCUGUACGAUGCUCAGAUCAUCUCCCGUGUUAAACAGUACCUCGAGGACAAUGUGCAUCAGACGUAUGUGGAUGUGGCAGUGAUGGCACAGGAUCUUCAGGACAAAUACAAGGAGUACAAUAAGAGAAAAGCCGGACCCUUCCGGCUUCUCGUUGAACAGGCUUAUAAGACAGUCCUGCACAGCUAUGGCCUGGACAGCAAUCCCAGCAGUGACGAGGAUGGAGACGUGAACUCAGACCUUGAGUUUAUGGAUGAGAAUCAGUCCAAGCAGCAAGAUACCAUGAAUGACGCCCUGCAGUCACUCUACAUGAACAACAAGGGCAACAAACGUGCCCCCGCCACAGCAGUCUCGCAGGGUGACCUGAUAAACAUCAGCAGUGAUGAGAGUGGGGACGAGAGUAGUGUGGCCAAGAAGCAUCCAAUUCUCGCCAAGGUCACUCCGGACAUCAUUGUGACGAAGAUUCAGAAGCCUACGGAGGCCCCAAAGGCCCCUGCGGUCUCCAAAGCCGCUGACAUUGAGCCCAGUCAGCCGUUGGCCAAGAAGAGGAAAGUCGAUCAUCCGACUGAUGCCAGAGUUGAGUCGAAUGCCAAGAGUGAUCCAAAAACUGUUUAUAGGCAGGAACCGAAGGAGCCCGCACUCCCUGAGGCCCCAGACUCAGUGAGUCAGGCCCUGAAGAUGCGCAAGAGCAAGAAGGAUCCGGCAGUUAAGAGUUCUGGCGUCACUUUUGAGCAUUUUGGGGGCAAUGAGAAGAUUCUCAAGGAAAUCUGCGAGGUGCUUCUCUACUUCAAGCGCCCCAAAGUCUGCCGGUACAUUGGUAUGACACCACCCAGGGGACUACUGAUCCAUGGACCACCGGGAUCCGGGAAGACUCUUCUGGCUCAUGCAAUUGCUGGGCAACUCAAGAUUCCAAUAAUGGAAGUAGCUGCUCCGGAAUUUGUAACUGGAAUUUCGGGAGAUUCCGAAGCGCGUAUCCGUCGGAUUUUUGAUCAAGUGGCAUCUCUGGCCCCGUGUGUUCUCUUUAUUGAUGAAAUUGACGUGAUUUCUGCCCAUCGGAAUAAUGCACAGAAGGAUAUGGAGCGUAGGAUUGUGGCACAGUUGAUUAUCAGCAUGGAUGGUUUGAGUAAGAUGCCCAAUGGGGAUCAAGUGUUGGUUAUUGGGGCUACGAGUAGGGUUGAUGUGCUAGAUCCGGCAUUGCGUAGAGGUGGACGAUUUGACAUGGAGAUAAGUCUGGGGAUUCCGGAUCGAGAGGCCAGAGCAGAUAUUCUCAGGAUUAUCUGUGACAAGAUGACACUUGAACGUCCAUUUGACUUUGAUGCACUGGCAGCUCUGACACCGGGAUUUGUGGGUGUAGAUCUGGUGACGCUGUCAAUAAUGGCAGCUAGGGUGGCUUUUAUGAAGGUGAUCAUUGCCAAGGAGGGCAAAGCAUUCCUGCAGAAGUAUUCGAAGAUGCACGAGAAGAAUGCAAAUCUCGUGCCAGUGGUUAAUUUGACAGAUGAUAAUUUGAUGGAUCAUUUUAUGGAUGUGGAUGAUGUGACAUCAUCCACGAAGGAGGAUAAAGUUGAAGAUACUCCUGAGAUUGUUAUUGAUGAUGAAGAUGGGCCGGAAAAAGUCAAGGAGCCAGCGCCCCAAGAAGCCACUAUUAAGGAGAAUGGCAAUGUGGAGAAUAAUGUUGAGUCGACAGAAGGAGUGGAAGAGAAGAAGGAUGAACCAAUGGAUACUGCCACAGAAAAGCCACCUGGAGAGGUGGAAGAGGAGGCUAAGAAGCCAGAGGAAGCAAUUAUUGAGAAGGUUCCCGAAGAAGAAGAAGUGCCAGUAGUUGUUGAGGAGAAGGAACCAGAGAAGAAGCCAGAAGAAAAGGUACCGGAAGAAAAAGUACCAGAAGAAAAGGCCCCUGAAGUUGAGGUUCCGGAAGAAAAAGUCCCUGAAGAAGUUGAAAAUGGGGAUGUAACUGUUAUUGCAAAUACAGAACCUGCAAUAGAUAUCACAGAAUCCCCUGCUAAAGUUGAACCAGAACCAGCUAAAGUUGAUACAUGCAAUGAGGAGAAAACUGAGACCAAUUCCACAGAAACUCUCGCCGAAGCUCUCCUCAAAGAUCCAAAGUUUCGCCUUCAACUGUCACUCACGGAGAUGAUUAAUCUGCUCAGCAAAGAAACAUCCAUUACACUGGCUGACCUGAAGGAUUUCUGCAUUACCAUGGAGGAUUUCCAGGAGGCACUGAAGACAACACAGCCCGUUGCCAAGCGUGAGGGAUUCAUUACAGUGCCCAAUGUUACGUGGCAGGAUAUUGGUUCACUCUGGGAUAUCCGGGAAGAGUUGAAACUCGCCGUGACGUCAUCUGUCAAGUAUCCGAAGAAGUUGAAAGCUCUCAAGUUGGAGCCAUCGUGUGGGGUUUUGCUGUGUGGACCACCGGGAUGCGGGAAGACGUUGCUGGCUAAGGCAGUGGCCAAUGAGGCUGGAAUCAAUUUUAUCUCAGUCAAGGGUCCUGAGCUGCUCAAUAUGUACGUUGGAGAGAGUGAGAGGGCAGUGAGGCAGUGUUUCCAGCGAGCCAGAUACUCAGCUCCAUGCGUCAUCUUUUUCGACGAAUUCGAUGCACUCUGCCCGAAACGUUCCAGUCGAACGGAGAAUACAGGAGCUGCCCGAGUGGUCAAUCAGCUGCUGACAGAGAUGGAUGGACUGGAGGAUAGGAAGGGAGUUUUUGUGUUGGCAGCCACUAAUAGGCCAGAUAUGAUUGAUUCGGCCGUUUUGCGGCCGGGACGCUUCGAUAAGAUCCUCUUCGUGGGCAUUCCAGGCACAAGUGAUCGCGAAGAUAUCCUCAGGGCACUGACAAAGAAUGGUACAGAACCUCGUCUUGCUGACGAUGUGAGUUUGGAUAUAUUGGCGAUCCGAACAGAUGGCUACACAGGUGCAGAUCUGGCUGGAUUGGUCAGGCAGGCAUCCGUGAAGGCUUUCAAGGAAUCUCUAACGACAGACUCUGACGAUUCCGAUGACAUUAAAGUCACCAUGAUGAACUUCAUGGAGGCUUUGAAAGAAACCAAACCAUCAGUUUCGGCAGAAGAGAAAGCUAAUUACGAAAACCUUCGGAUCCAGUAUUCGUCGCAAUCGGGGUAGAAAUGUGGCCAUAAUGGAAUGAAGUCUUUUUUUCGAAAAUGGAGAUACAAUUAAAAACAAAAAAAUCAGAUGAAUUUCUUAAGAAGCAGAAUUUUUCGUGAGAGUGAGAACAUUUUGUUGAUUCUAAUGUGAAUCUUGGACACGUCACUGAAGACAAAUAUGAAAUAAAAAUUGAAUCAUUUGGUA